UCAACCCUUUGGUUGAUUCUAGAAUAGAACCACCGCACGCAUCGCCGGCACCUCCAACAGCCACCGCAUAGAGGCAGAGAAAUGUCGAAGACACUGGUGCAGCCGAUAGGGCAGAAGAGGCUUACGAACGUCGCAGUGGUCCGCCUCAAGAAACACGGCAACCGCUUCGAAAUUGCUUGCUACAAGAACAAAGUCCUCUCUUGGCGCUCUCGCGUAGAGAAAGAUUUGGAUGAAGUCUUGCAGUCUCAUACAGUUUAUUCCAAUGUUUCAAAAGGUGUUCUUGCUAAGUCAAAAGAUUUACUGGCGGCAUUUGGGACAGAUGAUCAAACUAAAAUAUGUUUGGAGAUUUUGGAGAAAGGAGAGCUACAAGUUGCAGGGAAGGAGAGAGAGUCUCAACUAUCCAGUCAAUUUAGGGAUAUUGCCACAAUAGUUAUGCAGAAGACUAUUAAUCCUGAAACUCAACGACCUUAUACCAUAAGUAUGAUUGAACGACUAAUGCAUGACAUACAUUUUGCUGUUGAUCCACAUAGCAGCUCAAAGAAACAGGCACUAGAAGUAAUUCGCGAGCUUCAAAAGCACUUUCCCAUCAAAAGGUCCCCCAUGAGACUGCGAUUAACUAUACCUGAAGAGAACAUUUCACCUCUCUUGGAAAAGAUCAAUGGUUGGAAUUCUACCAUUAUUUCAAGAGAUGAAUCGGGAAGUCAGCGAUCCAUAAUCUGUGAAUUGGAGCCAAAUUUUUUUCGUGACUGUGAUGGUCUGGUCAGGAAUCUGCAAGGAAGAUUGGACAUUCUUGCAGUAAAUGUGCACCUAGAUAGUGAUACCCAUGUGGAUAAUUAUGAUGAUCUGGAAGAUGAGCCAUUGAGCACGCAGAAAGAUUCCGUCGGCCCUGUUUCUGAACUGAGUGAGAAAUUGCAGAAGCAGGCCAUUUCUGCCAAAGAUGGGAGUUCUCAGGAUGAAGGAAAACAGCAAAAGUGCAGUACUUGCAAUGCAUUUAUUGGUGAUGCGAAAGCGUAUAGGGAGCAUUUUAAGAGUGAAUGGCAUAAGCACAACCUAAGACGAAAGACCAGGCAACUUCCUCCUCUUACUGCUGAAGAAUGCAUGGCUGACUUGGAACUUGGUGACUCGAGAGCUGAUUUGAAGGAUUAUUCCUUUUGAUUUCAUUCUUGGGGCGCCUUCCUAUUUCUGUUUUCAGCAUGUUCGCAGCAGUUGGCACCAGAGGAUAUGAUGAUGGAUGCUAACAUUUUAUUCUUAUGUACUGUUAUGUUACAACUUGAGAAGUCAGGUUACAUCUCUUGGUGUUUCUAUGAAGGUUCUGAUGUAGUACACGAGAAUGGUUCAUAGAUCUGCGCUUGUCUCACGGAUAGCUAGUAUAAAGGUGUGCAUUUUUGAGUAAAUCUUGGUUCCUUGAUGAUAAAUUAGCUAAGGAAAAUACAUCUGAAAUUGAGCAGUUCGCAUUUGGUGCAUACUACCAGUUGUGGUUA